CUACGAAUGCAGCCACUAUGAACCGGUCAGUUCGAUCUGGUCACUGGGCCAUUCAGCAUGAAGACCGGCACAAACCACCAGCGCGUCGACUCACAGUCGAUUUAUUCCAUAAACAGCGACCAAAAAUUAGUAGGAGUCAAAUCGAAGAGAACUUUUUUCAAGAAGUGUAAGAAAAAAAAGGAAUUCGCGUACCUACUCGCAUUUAUCAUCUCCUCGUUAGCAGUCGCCGUGGUGGUGCUGUCAAUUUUGUAUGCCAAGUUUACCCGGGGUAUGGAUUUGUGCGACAACGAAGACUGUUUACGUAUUGCCGCGAGUCUGAAAGAAUCAAUGAAUACUUCCAUCGAUCCGUGCGACGACUUUUACAAAUACGUGUGUGAAAGGUGGCCUCGUGCGCACCCGUCUUUAGAUUUAAGUCAAGAGCAUAGCUGGUUUAGAGAACAGACUUUGAGGGUGACACGAAGAAUCAAAGAUUUGUUAUUGAAAAAUAUCACAGAUCAAAGUGUUCCUCGGGCCGUCCAAGAAGCUAAAAUUUUGUUCGACAGUUGUAUGGAUAUUGAGUCUCAGAAUGAAUUAGGGCUAACACCGUUGUUUGAUUUGCUAGACGAAUUGAGUCUACCGCAAAUUCCCUCGUUGAUCACCAAAAAUACAAGCGAUUUUAUAGUACAAAUGGCUAAGGUCAAAAGAGUUUUGUGGUCCGACGUCUUCUUUGGCACUUAUAUUUACGCCGAUCCCGAAGAUACUAGUAAGAAUAUAAUUGUGCUUGAUCUGCCCGACAGAGACAGUCCUUUUCCGAACGAUAGUGUUUUGAAAAAACGACUGAAACUCAUCAGGAAAAAGGCUUACCGAUACGUGGAGGAUAGCGAAGAAUCCGGUGAUGAGUAUUUUUUAUCCGUCGAGAGAAAUUACAUGACGGAAGUGUUGAAGCAAAUUAUUAGCAAUGGUACUACUGAUCAAGCGUCUUGCAAAACCAGAGAACCAUUCUCCAUAGUUCCCGAAGCCGACCUACAAGAGACUGCUAACAAAGUUUUCCAACUCAGUCACCAACUUUAUAAUUUAAUGGAGACGUACUCUAAUGAGACAAUAGACGAUGAAGAUGCUAUAAUCGAAGAUAGCGAUUACAUAUUCCUUGACGACCUCCAAAAACUUACAGACGAGUACGUCAAAUCUAUAAACGAAUCAUUGACACCAAAAGAAUUUUGGAGGCCUUUCAUCGAGGAGCUACUCAAAGAUGUUGGUAACUUUGAUCCCCGAAAAGAUAAGGUCUUAGUAGGCGAUUUGGAUUACUUGAAGGAAAUUGCCAUCGUUCUCGCAUCCAGCGAUGAAGAAUUGUUGGAAACGGCCAUUUGGUGGACAGUUGUGGAUUUUUGCGUGCCUUAUGUGUCAAAAGAACUGAGAAAAAUUUGGAACACCUACGUUCAAGAUUUUAUAGGAACAAAAGCUGAUCGAUCAAGGUCUCUCUAUUGCUCGGAAAGUGUUAACGAGCUUAUGGGAAUGGCAGUUGCAUGGAUGUAUGUAAAUUCCUCAUUCGCAGACGAUGGAUUAAAUCAUAAAGUCAGUGAAAUGAUCGAAAACAUAAAGUCGGCUUUUACAAAUUUCGUUUACAACAUUGAAUGGAUGGACCAAUCAACGAAACUAGCAACAUUGGAAAAAAAUAGGAGAAUGAAAUCUCUCAUUGGAUAUCCGUAUUGGUUGUUUGAAGAUGGCACGCUUGACGAAUAUUAUGAUGGUAUCAAUAUGACUGAAGACACGUAUUUUAACAAUAUGGUGCAAGUGAUUCGGUUGAGCAAUUUGAAUACUCUUUACGAAAUGGACACGAACGAAACCGAUUACGACGACGAGGGAUAUUGGCCACUCGAGCCCAUGGAAGUCAAUGCAUUGCACACAUUUCAAGAGAACAAAAUAGCCAUUCCCAUUGGCAUCCUGCAAUUUCCGUUUUACGGAUUAGGCCUUGAGGCGUUGAAUUAUGGGGCGAUAGGGACAAUUUUGGGCCACGAAUUGACCCACGGUUUCGACAACAGUGGGCGUCGGUUCGAUAGCCUUGGCAAUUUAAAGCAAUGGUGGAGUAACGAGACGAUCUCCAAGUACACCGACAAAACUACUUGUUUCAUCGAGCAGUACAACGAUUAUUACGUGCCCGAGGUAGCUGCGCACAUCGAUGGCGAGCUGACUCUGGGAGAGAAUAUCGCUGAUAACGGUGGCUUGAGAGAAGCAUACAAUGCUUAUCAGUUGUGGAAGAAGAAGCAUGGAAAUGAACCACUUCUCUCUGGCUUCGGUGACCUGACUCAUGAGCAGCUUUUUUUUUUAGGAUAUGCUCACAUGUGGUGUGAAUCUUAUACAACAAUCGGGCUCCGUUGGAUGCUAGAGGACCCACACUGUCCAGGGCACGUACGUUUGACCAUGGUACUGCGCAACUCGGAGGAUUUCAGUAAAACAUGGAAAUGCCCGACUGGCUCGAAGAUGAAUCCCAAAAAGAAAUGCCAGUUAUGGUGAUUAAAGCGAAUGCUGGCUGUA